AUGUCUGCUAUUACACAUUCGCCAUUUCCAACCGCCCACCUUUCCUCUCACGCUCCGCGCGAAACCAAAUCAUUCCUUUCCCCACCGAUGACCUUCUCCAAACUCAAACCCCUCCGCCACCUCCGCGGCUUCACUGUCUUCGCCGCUGCCGUACGCCAAGGCACAACUCUCUGGACCCCUGCCACGCUGUUAGAAGUCUCCCCAGCUGCCGAGUCGCUUUUCCACAUCACCAUCGACGUCUCUGACUCCCCCGGACCUCGCCUUCUCGUACACCAAGGCUGGCCAGUACCUCCAGCUCCGCCUCCAGGACACCAAUACAAAACCAUCCUUCCUUGCAAUUGCGUCUCCACCUUCUACCGCCGAGUCGAAGGGGAUUUUCGAGUUCGUCGUGAAAUCCAUCACGGGGUCCACCGUGGAGCUCCUUUGUGGGCUCCAGAAAGGUGA